AUGACCAUGGAUGAAAAAUAUGUAAACAGCAUUUGGGACCUUCUGAAAAAUGCAAUUCAAGAAAUCCAGCGUAAGAAUAACAGUGGUCUUAGUUUUGAGGAGCUCUAUAGAAAUGCUUAUACAAUGGUUUUGCAUAAACACGGAGAAAAGCUCUACACUGGACUAAGAGAAGUUGUUACCGAACAUCUCAUAAAUAAGGUGCGAGAAGAUGUACUAAAUUCAUUGAAUAACAACUUUCUUCAAACGCUAAAUCAAGCUUGGAAUGAUCAUCAAACAGCUAUGGUGAUGAUUAGAGACAUACUAAUGUAUAUGGACCGUGUAUAUGUACAACAAAAUAAUGUGGAGAAUGUCUACAAUUUGGGAUUAAUUAUUUUUCGAGAUCAAGUUGUACGUUAUGGGUGUAUUAGGGAUCAUCUACGACAAACGCUAUUGGACAUGAUCGCAAGAGAGCGGAAAGGAGAAGUUGUAGAUCGGGGCGCAAUAAGAAAUGCUUGCCAGAUGUUAAUGAUUUUAGGUCUUGAAGGACGAUCUGUCUAUGAAGAAGAUUUUGAGGCUCCUUUUUUGGAAAUGUCUGCAGAAUUCUUUCAGAUGGAAAGUCAGAAGUUUUUAGCAGAAAACAGUGCUUCCGUAUAUAUAAAGAAAGUAGAAGCUAGAAUUAAUGAAGAAAUAGAACGGGUGAUGCACUGCCUUGACAAGUCAACCGAGGAGCCCAUAGUAAAGGUGGUUGAGAGGGAGCUCAUCUCCAAGCACAUGAAAACGAUAGUGGAAAUGGAGAAUUCUGGGCUAGUACAUAUGCUGAAAAAUGGAAAGACAGAAGACCUUGCCUGCAUGUACAAGUUGUUUAGUCGUGUGCCGAAUGGCUUGAAAACCAUGUGUGAAUGUAUGAGCUCCUAUUUGAGGGAGCAGGGCAAAGCCUUGGUUUCGGAGGAAGGGGAGGGGAAGAAUCCUGUUGACUAUAUCCAGGGCUUAUUGGAUCUGAAGAGUAGGUUUGAUCGCUUCCUCCAGGAAUCGUUCAAUAAUGACCGGCUCUUUAAACAAACUAUUGCGGGUGACUUUGAGUAUUUUCUCAACCUCAACUCCAGGUCCCCAGAAUACCUCUCAUUAUUUAUUGAUGAUAAGCUGAAAAAGGGAGUCAAAGGGCUAACAGAACAGGAAGUAGAAACAAUAUUGGAUAAGGCAAUGGUCCUUUUUAGGUUUAUGCAAGAAAAAGAUGUAUUUGAACGUUAUUAUAAACAACACUUGGCAAGGAGACUUCUCACAAAUAAAAGUGUUUCCGAUGACUCAGAAAAAAAUAUGAUAUCUAAGUUAAAGACUGAAUGCGGAUGUCAGUUCACAUCAAAACUGGAAGGAAUGUUUCGGGAUAUGAGCAUCUCAAACACAACUAUGGAUGAAUUCAGGCAGCAUCUACAGGCAACUGGGGUGUCUUUAGGUGGUGUUGACCUCACAGUCCGGGUGCUCACAACAGGAUACUGGCCCACUCAGUCAGCCACACCAAAGUGCAACAUCCCACCAGCACCAAGACAUGCGUUUGAGAUAUUCAGAAGGUUUUACUUGGCCAAACACAGUGGUCGGCAGCUCACGCUCCAGCAUCACAUGGGCUCUGCAGAUCUCAACGCCACCUUCUAUGGACCGGUUAAAAAGGAAGAUGGAUCUGAAGUUGGUGUUGGAGGGGCACAAGUAACUGGCUCUAAUACACGGAAGCACAUACUGCAGGUCUCCACUUUCCAGAUGACCAUAUUAAUGCUCUUCAAUAACAGAGAAAAAUACACGUUUGAGGAAAUUCAGCAAGAGACAGAUAUCCCUGAAAGAGAGCUUGUCAGAGCCCUGCAGUCUCUCGCCUGCGGUAAACCGACUCAGCGGGUUCUCACAAAAGAACCCAAGUCAAAGGAGAUAGAAAAUGGUCACAUAUUUACAGUUAAUGAUCAGUUCACAUCCAAACUACAUAGAGUCAAGAUUCAAACAGUUGCUGCCAAACAAGGUGAAUCCGACCCCGAAAGGAAAGAAACGAGGCAGAAAGUAGACGACGACAGGAAACACGAGAUAGAAGCUGCUAUCGUGCGGAUAAUGAAGUCCAGGAAGAAGAUGCAGCACAACGUCUUAGUAGCAGAGGUAACUCAGCAGUUGAAGGCUCGAUUCUUACCAAGUCCAGUUGUUAUUAAGAAACGUAUUGAAGGACUUAUUGAGAGAGAAUAUUUGGCACGAACACCUGAGGAUCGCAAAGUAUACACAUAUGUAGCAUAAAAUGCGUUCAGAAAUUUGAUUUAUUCUUGGACUGUACUCUUCGCAUGGACUGAGAAGUUCUUUUAAAUCAUUAAAUAUUAAGACGACCAUCUCUUCUAUUAAAUUACAGUACCUGUUCUAGACCGUUCAGAUCGAGCCUUUACUCCCGUGAGAGUUUUCAGCGUCGGUUGAUUGAGCUUAAGGCUUUACACCGUUUAUCCCUGUAGAGAUCAUCUUCACAGUCCUCGGGAAAAUGUGAAUGUGCUGCGCUUUGUUUUCAAUACUGUAUGAAAACAGGAAAAAAAUAAAACAAAAAUUUAGAAAAUACAGCUCAUUAAAAAUAAAAUUGUUGGAUUUCAUUUCCCCAGGUCUGCAGUGUUGAUGUAAAUGUGUUUUGUAGCGUUGCUUAGCACUUUGCGCAUUGUAUAAGUUGGGUAACAAAAACGGUAAAAGAAAUGACACAAUUCCCCAUUAUCUUGCUCUGCUUAAGACAUUUCUGUAGCGAGUCUUGUUUCAUUUAAAAGUUUGAUAAAUAUACAAAGACCCCGGCAUACAUGUGAGCAUGCUUUUAUCCUACCACUUGGACUUACUAAUCUUACAGCCUUAUGACCAGGAACCUUUAUUUUGGGCUCCAUACACUCCCUGAUUUGGUUUCUUCCCUGUUGUAAUUUGAGAUUCCCCAAAUUAAGUCCUAAUGAUUAGGUUUUGUUCUGCGUUCUCUCUAGAGAGAAUAUUUUAGUAUGUAUAAAUUGUACAAUAAGUUUUUGCUGUUGUACUCACUGCUAAUAGUGGAUUGUAUAGGGCAGUGUUUUUAUUUCAUUUAUUGUAGACAAAAAUAAAUGAUUUAGUAUACACACACCCACUAACUCAAGUAUGUCACAGCACAAAGUUGGCAGCUGGUUGUAUUUAAUUCAGACCCUUUUGAAAAGCACAUGCAGCCUAUACCUUGUUUAUAAAUAUCUUAGGUUGCCCCUCUCUUAAAUAUAUAUUUUGGUGAAGCUGGGGUGCACUGUUAAUUUUCUGUUCUGAAAUGCAUUCUAAAGAUGCAAUAAAUAUGAUUACCUUGAUAUUUUUUAAUGAGAUCUUCAGUUCUUGCAGCUGUGUUCUGGGAAGUGAUAAGCAAUAUUUUUCAAACCUGAUGAUUCUUGGGUAUUUAGCUCUUGUCCUCCAAAGAGUCAUCGUUUCAUGUCCUCAAAGAUGUACUUUGUGCUGAAGAUUCAUGUCAGUUUUCCUGUGCUUCCAACUUUCACCAAUGUUUUUUUACCUGAUUGAUCCGCCAAGGAUUGUAGUUUGCUUUAACUUCAGAGUAUUUUUAUCUUCCAAUUUUAUUUAAUUUUGUUUCAUUUUGUUUUCAUGAGACAAUGUUUCAGCUAUGUAAUUGGGGCAAACCACUGUAGGUUUCUGUCUGAUAGAAAAGUGAAAUGUUACUAAUGAGUUCAAAUAACACUCUUGGUUGACUAUCAGUACUGUUGAUCCAUUUAUUAGAAUGUAUGUCUCAGAAGAUGGUUUCUGUCUAAGUUUAUGGUCAAAUUACAACAACUGAAUUCUAAUAUGGAUUAAAAACUCCACAUAAAUAUUUUUCCCCAUGCGUCUUGGGUUAUAAUUUUCCUUUUAGCCUUGACAGUGCAUUUAAUUCUGUCUCCACUUGUACUGUAGAAUUAUAAGCCUUACGCUCUUAAUCUCUACAUUUUCCACUUUUACGUGAUGCAAUUAAGAUGCAGACAAGAACUAUCAUGAACAUUAUUCUCAGGAUACUUUUACCAUACUUGAGUGGGAGUAGGGGAAAUGUAAAAUGGAAAGCCGGCGGGUCCUCCUCUCUGAGUUUUACAUAACUGAAUUUCUGUAACGGAAGACGUUUGCAGAAAGAUACUGGUACUUCAGAGGUCACCACUUUUUUUUUUUAUUGCUUUCAAUUCCCAAAGAAUUAUAACAUGUUGGGAAAUAGAACAACUAAGAUCAUCAAGUUAAUAAAUAUGAAAGGUGUAAAACUUCAUUUGAAAUCUCAGUAAACAAGAGUUGAAGUGCCAUUUUAAACUACUAAAACUCAGUAGAGUUAAAUUGGUUUGGUCUCAAGUAUGGAUGUACAGAUCAAAUUUAGAGCUUAGAGACACUUGUUAGUUUGGGAGCACCGGCUUGAUACUCUAAAUGCUUAUAAAUGUAUUGAAACACAUUUCUAAGCUACAGUUGAGUUUACUGACUGGAGACUGAUAACUGCAUUGAAAAACAAAAUUGGGCCACCUAACAGUUUUCUGUUUUGGUUUUUAAGUAUUAUUUUAGCUCGUAAUGGUACAUACUGACAUUGCUUUCUUUUCAGCAAGAGGUCAUUCAUGCUGUUAAUUUCUGGGUUUUAAUGUCUUAAUGUUAAACAAUAAUACAUCCUAAUUAUUUAAUCCUGUUGAUGUGAAUAAAUUUUGAUGACUUACUUGAA